AUGGGAGGUGUGAGAGAAUUUCUGCUCUUUGUGCUGACUGUGGGGGUCUUCAAAGGUUGGUUCACUAAUGUUUUAUUUGGAUUGAAGGGAUUUGUUUGUGAAACAUGUUGAACUUUAUAAGUUUUUCUUCCACGUUGGUCAUCUUUUUUUGUAGACUGCUAUUAAAUAUAUGUAGCUAUUUUGUGUCAACUCUUUCUCCUCAGUUUCUUGUUCCCCUGUUGGCAAGUCCCAGAAGCAAGAUCAAGUCUCUCUACAGAGGAGACUUGGAGGUAACCGUUUCUUCCCCUAUGUUAUCCCAUCCCUUCUAGCAAUGUUCUUUGCUGCUGUGUUUUAACUAAUUCAACACCAUAGAGUAACCCAGUCUAAAUAACAAAUGUUUAGGAUCCCUAUACCUUUUUUUAAACCAGAAGUUAUCAAACCCUUUGCUGUUGAUUUUGAUAAUUUGCUUGUGUACCUGAACCUACGUUUUUCAGAGCUGUCAUCAAAUGACGUCUCCAUUGCACAUGCUCCGAUCCAUAGGGUCUGAUGCUAAAGAAGCCAGAAAAUGUUAGGCCUGCAACAUUCGUUUAGAACUACGUUGGGUUCAGUGGGGUGCAAUGUUGCUGAACAUUCAAAUGGCAAUUUGGCCUAGACCGUGUAGAACACCCAACUGUUCCUCUUCUCUUUUCUCUAGAGUAUUUGGAGACAAAUGAAGUAGCAUCCCAAGACUCUCCAAACUAUGGUAGCUCUCUCGCAAACGAUGACCUGGCCUCUGCUGAGAAGAUGAGGAGCUGGUCUGAUGACUAUGGAAACUCCCCUACUGCUACAACUGGCACGUCCGACGACGCCGCUCCUGAGGCCACAACUGGCACGUCCGACGACGCCGCUCCUGAGGCCACAACUGGCACGUCCGACGACGCCGCUCCUGAGGCCACAACUGGCAUGUCCGACGACGCCGCUCCUGAGGCCACAACUGGCACGUCCGACGACGCCGCUCCUGAGGCCACAACUGGCACGUCCGACGACGCCGCUCCUGAGGCCACAACUGGCACGUCCGACAACGCCGCUCCUGAGGCCACAACUGGCACGUCCGACGACGCCGCUCCUGAGGCCACAACUGGCACGUCCGACGACGCCGCUCCUGAGGCCACAACUGGCACGUCCGAUGACGCCGCUCCUGAGGCCACAACUGGCACGUUCCGACGACGGCGCUCCUGA